AUGCAAACGAUCGCCAAGGACAUGGGCCGCAAGGUGGACUCGGCCCCGCUGGCGCUCUACAACUUCUUCAUCGAGCUGGUGCGCGCCAAUCUGCACGUGGUGGUGGCCAUGUCGCCCAUCGGCGACGCCUUCCGCAACCGGCUGCGCAUGUUCCCCUCGACUCAUCAAACUGCUGCACCAAUACCAUCGACUGCUGACCGGGGACAGAUGUGUGCCAGGUUCACAGCCUGGCCCGAGGACGCCCUGGAGCGGGUGGCACACCACUUCCUCCGCGACGUGCCGGACAUGGACGAGGACCUGCGGCUGGGCUGCGUCUUCGUCUGCCAGCACUUCCACGAGAGCGUGCGAGUCAUGUCUCAGAGAUACCUGGCGGAGCUGAACCGACACAACUAUGUGACGCCCACCUCAUACCUGGAGCUGAUCCUGGCGUUCAAGGCGCUGCUGCAGCGCAAGCGGGACGACAUCCUGACGCUGCGGCAGCGCUACGUCACCGGCCUGGAGAAGCUGGAGUUCGCCGCCUCGCAGGUGUCAGUGAUGCAGGACGAGCUGACAAGCCUGCAGCCCCAGCUGAUCGAGACGUCGGCGCAGACAGAAAAGCUCAUGAUCAAAAUUGAGCAAGACACCAUGGAAGUGGAGGCCAAGAAGGAGGAGCAGGAGCAGGAGCAGGAGCAAAAGCAGCGGCAACAUCAGAGGCAGGAACAGCAAGCUAAGCAGCAGCAGCAGCAGGAACAGCAAGAGCAGGAGGAGCGCCCGAAUCAACAGGAGCAGCAAGCACAACGGCAGCAACAGACGCAACAGGAGUGGCAGAAGCAGAAGGAGCAGCAAGCGCAGCGACCGCCGGCGGCCGAGGAGCAGGUGCAUCAGCCGGAGCAGCAGCGGGAUCAGCAGGCGCAGCAGCAGCUGCCUGCCGCCGUGCUGGACGCCUUCCUCGCGCUGCCCUACGUGCACGAGCUGAGCGUCGCGCAGCACAGCCGCGUCGUGGCCAACAGCGAGAAGAUGUUGCGGCUGGCGUUCUGCGCCGUGCGCCGCUGCUCCGGCCUGCCGCUGCCUCUGCCGCUGUCGCCGGACGAGCCCAGCUGCGGCGUCUGCGACCGGCUGGCCGGGCUGAGCGUGCAGCAGCUCUGGCUGUCCGGCAGCGUGCGCGAGGGCUCCGAUGUGAGGAUGGUGGCGUGCGGAGAGCGCGCCGACCUCGACGUCAUGUUCCAGCUGGGCCCGGCGGCCGUGCGGACGGCGAUGGCGGAGAUGGCGGACGCGGAAGAGACGCCGGGGAGCGUGGCAGUGAAGUCGUCAGAGGACACCAAAGAGGAAGUCGCAGCAGGGGCCGAGUGUGAGACGGGAGAGGAGGCACUGAGGACGCCGGGGAACACAAGAGAGGACAGCACAGCGCACGCACCGCCGCCGGAGCCUCUUGCGUUAACCGCCGAGCCGGCAGGCCGGCCCGGUUUCCUGCUUCUGCGGCACGCGCGGCGCGCCGACUGCAACCUCAACCUGCGCACGGGCGCCCUGGCCAUGGACGUGGUGGCCUGCCUGACGCUGCCGGUCGGCUUCCCCGGCAGCGCCACCGAGCGACUCGAGUGGCGGCUGUCGUUCUCGCGGCACGAGUACAUCGUGUACCGCAGCAUGGGGCCCGAGCAGCGCCGCUGCCUGCUGGCGCUCAAGUACUGCAAGAUGGCGCUGGGCGACCGCGCCAGCGCCGUCAAGAGCUACUACCUGAAGACGGCGCUCAUGUGGCGCUGGGAGACGGCCGCUGAGGAGGUCUGGUCGCUGGGCAACAUGUACGACACGCUACUCCAGCUGCUGGCGUACCUGGAGCCGCUGGUGCGCGAGUCGUUCGACGCGAUGCUGGGCGGCCUGUUCGCGCCGUCGGCCGACGGCCGUCCGCCGGGCAUGCCCGUCUGGUCGCUGCUGACGUUGCUCUUCCAGGUGAUCCGGCUGGCCUGGCUGGGAGGCGGCCUGCGGAUGGGUUGA